AAUAAUCAAUCAGCAGUUAAACUGUUUUGGCUUUAUUUUGUACUUUUUGUUUUUUCGAGUUAAAUCUGGAAUUUGUAAAACUUUGACGAGGAGAAUGACGUCAUAACCAAAGUAAUAUUUUCAGUUUUUGCGUCACAUUUCCCGCCGCCGGACCUCUGCUGGGUGUGUUGAGAUGUUUCUGCUGAACAUCUGACUGAAAUCAUCAUCACAGUCCGGACGGAGAUGGAGGUUUCCGCCUCCGGCUGUUCCAGGUUCCGCAUCGACUCCCUGCUCUCCCUCACGCCGCCCGCCGCGCUCCUCUCCCGGCCAGAGGCUCCGGAGCUCAGCCCGGGCAGCAGCAGCAGCAGCAGCAGCGGCUGCUCGGCGCCUCCCUCCCCGCGGAGAGAGCCUGUUCCCCGGCUGGACUCUGUUCUGCUGCCCGGUCAGCUGCAGCCCCGCUCCGUCAGCUCCUCCUUCCUGAUCCGGGAUAUCUUAGCGGACUGUCGGCCCUACUCUGACCCGGGACAAGCCUACUCUGACCCGGGACAGGUCUACUCUGACCCGGGACAGCCCUACUCUGACCCGGGACAGGUCUACUCUGACCCGGGUCAGUCUGAGCUGGACUUCGUGGAUAAAAGUCACAGCAGCUCGUCUUCUGACAGCGAGUCCAGAGUGCAGGACGGAGCUUCGGACCCCGCGGCGGGACGCCUGAAGAAACCCCGCAAAGCCCGGACGGCGUUCAGCGACCAGCAGCUGUCGAGACUCGAGAGAAGCUUCCAGAAACAGAAAUACCUGAGCGUCCAGGACCGCAUGGAGCUGGCUGCCUCCCUGCAGCUCAGCGACACUCAGGUCAAGACCUGGUACCAGAACAGGAGGACGAAGUGGAAACGUCAGUCAGCUGUUGGUUUGGAGCUUCUGGCUGAAGCCAGCAGGAUGUUUCUACCGACACCCUACCUGUACCCCCCCGCCCCGCCCACACUGGACCUCUACCUCUACCGAGGCCACGCCCACCACCACCACCCAGCCCCGCCACUGCUGCCCCGCAUCCUCACCCACACUGAACCACACCCCCGCUGACACCAGCCCACUGGGAGGACUGGUUCCCACAGGACGACGUACAGGAACAGCAGCUGCUGAUGUUUGGAAAUAAAAACUCUUCGGUUUUCGGUUAAAAGCAGAUUCUCCACUGCAGGAACUGAAGAAACUGUUUGUGGUUCUUCUGUUCAGGAGGUGACGCUAAAUCCAAGUUCAGGUACUUUCAGUGCGGCUGAUUGUUAUUGGUCGAGCUGAUGUGACAUCACAUCACAACAAGGACGACGACAACAAACACCACAACAGUAACUGUUUAAUAUGCGACUCAGACAGCUUGUUAGAAACCAAAAGCUGGAGCAGAACAUUUCUCAGAGAAAAUUAAACAGAAAAUAAAAAAAAUAUCUGACAUCUGGGACCAGUGUGACAUCAUGAUGACAUCACUAAAGAGACGAGCGGUCAGACAGGUUGGGAACUAACCCGUAGGUGGGUUAUAGGAGUUGUGAUCAGAACCUCUGAACAUGUCUGUUAUAUUUCAGUUUUUUAUCAUUUUCA